GGGGCGGGGCCGCCGCGUGACCGGGAAAUGGGGCUAUGGCGCCGGGUAGCGCGCAGGGAGCGCCGGCCGCCGGCAGGAACGGGCCCGGGAUGGAGGGCGGAGGCCCCGCGGCCCACAGCGUGUGCAUGGUGUCGGACUUCUUCUACCCCAACAUGGGCGGCGUGGAGAGCCACGUGUACCAGCUGUCACAGUGCCUCAUCGAGCGCGGCCACAAGGUCCUGGUGGUCACGCACGCCUACGGGCACCGCAAGGGCGUCCGCUACCUCACCAGCGGGCUGAAAGUCUACUACCUGCCCCUCAAGGUGAUGUACAACCAGUCCACGGCCACGACGCUCUUCCACAGCCUGCCCCUGCUCAGGUACAUCUUCGUGCGGGAGCGGGUGACCAUCGUGCACGCCCACAGCUCCUUCUCGGCCAUGGCCCACGACGCGCUGUUCCACGCCAAGAGCAUGGGGCUGCGCACCGUGUUCACUGACCACUCGCUCUUCGGCUUCGCCGAUGUCAGCUCCGUGCUCACCAACAAGCUGCUGACGGUGUCCCUGUGCGACACCAACCACAUCAUCUGCGUGUCCUACACGAGCAAGGAGAACACGGUGCUGAGAGCAGCCUUGGACCCUCGGAUAGUCUCAGUCAUCCCCAACGCCGUGGAUCCCACCGACUUCACCCCGGACCCCUCGAGGAGGGAUGACAGGACGAUAACUAUUGUUGUUGUCAGCAGACUUGUUUACAGAAAAGGUAUUGAUUUGCUUAGUGGUAUAAUUCCUGAGCUCUGUCAGAAGUAUCCAGAGUUACAUUUCUUAGUUGGAGGAGAAGGACCAAAACGAAUCGUACUGGAGGAGGUCCGGGAGAGAUACCAGCUGCAUGACAGGGUACGUCUUCUGGGAGGCUUGGAACACCAGGAUGUUAGAAAUGUCCUGGUCCAGGGGCACAUUUUUCUCAACACUUCCCUCACUGAGGCCUUUUGCAUGGCUAUUGUGGAGGCAGCAAGCUGUGGUUUACAGGUGGUGAGUACAAGAGUUGGUGGGAUUCCAGAGGUCCUUCCAGAAAAUCUCAUCAUUUUGUGUGAGCCCUCUGUGAAGUCUUUGUGUGAUGGGCUGGAAAAAGCGAUUGCCAGGCUCAGAUCAGGAACUCUGCCAUCUCCAGAAACUGUUCAUAAUGAAGUAAAGACAUUUUAUACCUGGAGGAAUGUGGCAGAGAGAACUGAGAAAGUGUAUGACAGAGUUGCAGAUGAAGUGGUUUUACCAAUGAAAGAGCGACUUGACAGACUAAUGACUCACUGUGGCCCAGUGACUGGGUGUAUUUUUGCUUUUUUAGCUGUUCUGAACUUCCUUCUCCUGGCGUUUCUGAGGUGGAUGACUCCAGAUUCCAUUAUUGAUGUUGCAAUAGAUGCUACAGGACCUAAGGGUGCAUGGACUAAACAGUAUUUUUUUGGGAAGAAAAGAAGAGUUAAAGAAGAACUUCCAAACUCCUAAAUUGCUCAAGUGGAGAGGGAGGAAUGCAUCAGUCACUAAAGGUUUUAAUGCUUGCUGACAGACAUUACUCUUAAAACUCUUAAGUUUCUGAAGUUCUUGGAAAGGAACUUUAGUUCAAUGUGCUACCUCAAUUUAGGAUGAUGUUCUUAGUUCAGUUUUGGAUUCAUGCAAAUUUAUAGGCAUCUCUUUUGCACUGAAAGCUGGGAGGAGAACAUGAGUUUUUAUAUGUGUCAGAAGCCUUGGAAACAAAAAAUAUAAGAUUUUUCUUGAUAACUUGAACAUUGCAGAAAGGGACUUAAGGUGUUUGGGAAAGCAAAACACAAAAAUUAUUACCUUACUACAGUUCCUGCUAAUCCCUGUUAUUUACUGUGAUUUUUAUUUUAAGACUUCUUUCAAAAUAAUUAAAAACUUAGGAAAAUUUUUUUUUUCUAAGAUGAAAAUGGCACUUAAAACUAGUCAUGAAGUCCAUUACCAUGUAAAUUUCAGAGACUUAGUCCUAGAAGUUGUGUUCCCAGUGAGUGUUUUGUCUGUGUAUUUAUUAUUUUGAAGUUCUUCCGUAGUCAGAGUUGCUUAUCCUGUUGCCUAAUCAAAAUUCCAUAAUGAUUUUUUGAUAUUUUCAGAGGUGCUAAAUUUGUCCUUUUCUUUUACAUGUGUGAAAGUGAUACAAAGCUCAUAAUGGUUUUGGGUUUUGUUUUUCGGUACAUAGGCAAAGAAGUAGUAUUAUUUAGAGAUAAUACAGCCUUCAGAAACAUCUCAGGCCUGAAAACUUCCAGCAGACUGUGCCAAAGUGCAAACACUUUGUGAGAGAGCAAAAGCUGUGAAGGGCUGAACAAGCACACUCAUGCUUACUUGCUCUCUCCCACUUCCCACCCAGCCAUCUCCACUUCUCUUUCUCCUUCCCCUUACUUGUGACCAAAGUGGCAUUUCAGUCCAUCUCGGGGAGGGACAGCACUCAGGGUGAAGGAUUUCACAGACACUGGCUGGCAGGUUCUGCACAUGAAACCUUGGGAAGGCGUCCCUUCAGUGGAAAUAACCCAUGGCUGUGCUUUUCAUAGAGAGACAGAGAGAGAAGGAGCAUCUGUGAGGGGUCCUGAGUGAUGUGUUUGUGGGGCAAGAGGCAGCACAGCUUUGUGCCAAUGUGUGUGAGAAGAGGCAUUUAUUGCAUUUGUCAACCACCUCUAAAAUUGCCCCUUGUCUAGUGCACUGGGUGAAUUUCUUUUUCAAGCAUCACUAAUGAUGGUAAGCUUAGUGUGUGCUGUUGGACACUGUAUUAAUAUUAAAACUGUGCAAUAUGAGAAUACUGUUUCCAAACCCUUGAAGGGUAGUAUUUAACACACUACUUCUGCCAAAUUCACGUUGUUUGGGUAGAGGUGUAAUUACACAAGCAUUUUAUAAUUCCAUUGAACAUAUUUUCAUGAAACACACAGAUAAUGUUAAUAAUUGCCAUAUAUAAAGUCUAUUUUCUUUUACUAGAAUUUUUAGCCUUUGGUACGUAACAUACAGCAUGUAAUAUUACAAUUUGAGUUUUUCUCUGCAUUAUAAGUGGAAGUAAUCUAAAAUGGUGCCACAAGGUUUAAGGAUAAAUGGGUAGAAUUAAGCUAAUAUUUUACUUUUCUAAGUUUGGGGGUUUUAAUAUUAUUUAAGCAUUCAAAUUUCUAACAACCUUUUGAAAAUACUGAUUGUCACUCCAGGGAUAUGUUACAUAUAUGUGUGUGUAUUUUUAGUAAUAUUUUGUUUGUUCUCUUUUAUUUCUAUUUGGUUUUCUGCAACAUCUACAAACACAAAUCAAAAGGAUUGUGUGUAUCUUCUCAAAAUACUUUUUUUCUUUUUUGGAACAUUGUGUACUUAUGAAUAACGUAAUAAAACCUUGUUACAGUCUUGUUUACAA